UGCUCCCCGAUCCCACCCUGGGGCCCGCCAGUCCCAGGUCUGCUCCCAGCCGGUGCGGGAAUUGAGACCCAACAGCCCACGCGUUUCCCUGACUACAGCUUCCCUGCAGGAGGGGCUUCCGGCCGGCCCGGAGAGAGCCGAGAUGUCCUCAGUGGGGAAGGCGACCCAGGUGCCGAAUGGCAAAGUCUACCACCAGAUCUUUCAGGCUCAGGUGCAGCUGGUCCACUCCUUGGCAGCCUCCAGGAAGCAUGCUGUGGAGCGUUCUGAGACCUCAAAAUGUGGCAAGACACCUGUGAUGAAGAAGGUGGAGAUUCCAGAAGGGGAGACCCUGACCCCUCGGCAGCGGAAGUGGAUGGCCAGCCUCCCCAAUGACUGGGUCACAGAAAACCCUGUUCUAUGCAGGGAAAAGGAAAAAGCCAGAAGGGAAAAGGCACGAGAGAAUGAGAGCCAGAUUGCUGCCCGAGAAGUGCAGGGCCUCGUGGACACCAUUGUGCCAGAGAGGGCAAGCACCGUCGUCUUUGAAAGGCAAGAGAAUCACAAGAAGAGGAGCUACGAGCGUGCUCUGGCCAGCUUUCAUGAGGAGAUCGCACAGAUCGGGAUGGAAAUAGAACCUAUCAUCUUGGACACAGGGGGACUGUUUUUGAAAAAACUGUCAGAGUCUGAUGAAGACAUAGACAGUCUCUUCACAAAGGUGGAAAAUGACUCCAAGCUCAAGGACUGUACCAUCCAAACCUUGCUGGAGCUGUGGGAUAAGGUGGCUGAGAUGUUCCUGGUCCAGAAGCAGAAGAUUAAGGAACUGGAUGACACUCUGCUCUCAGUGGAGUUCUCCCGAGUGGAUAAGCUAAAAAGUGUGUUGAAGAAAUACGUGGAAAUCAUAGAGAAAACGACCUACCUCUUGCAGCCCGAUGUGUACAGGCUGAUAAAUGGAGAAGCCUUGAUCAUUAACCAUGCCUUACUGGGCAACCGGAGGGCCAUCGCCCAGCUGUACAUUAACCUGAUGGAGGCCACCCUGCAGAUGGAGCUUGACAGUCGUCACCGCUGGCAGGACCUGGUGGAUGUCUGGAAGACCCUCAAGAAGGAGGUUCUGCUACAGAGCUUCAGUGAGUUUAUGGCCAGUGAGAGUAUCCAGUCUCCUCCGGCCAUUCAGAAGGUACUAGAGGAAAUGCUGAGCACCCAGCGCGUCCUGCAGCAGAAGCGGCAGGAGCAUCUUCGCACCCUCUGUGACCUCUUGCCCCCCAAUUACAACAAAACCAAGCUGACAGAAUGGCAGUCUUCUCUCAGUGCCUUGAACAAGGAGAUUGACUCCUACCACAUGGACUGCAUGAUGCGGAUCCGCUUGCUCUAUGAAAAGACAUGGCAGGAUUGCCUGGCCCAAGUGCAGGAUUGCAAGAACCAGCUAUUGGACUGGAAGGCCUUCACUGAAGCAGAGGCUGAGAACCUGGUGAGCCCGACCUUCCAGAUGGUGGGUGCGUUCCAGAGCAAGGUGGAGGAGGAGCUGGAGCUCCUGGAUAAUUCCUUCGAAGGCUUGGCCAAGCAGACCGAGUGGCAGAGCUCAGACCUCUUCAGGUACUUCCAGGAGGCCGUGCAGCUUUGGGAGGUGCACCAGAGCGUGCUGUUGCAGCAGGAGCUGGCGCUCGAGAAGAGGAUGGAACAGUACAGGCAGAAGCAUAACCUGGAGAACCAGGUCCAGGAGAUGCACUUUGACAAGCUCUUAGACCAACUAAGACAGCAAAGUCAGGAAGAAACACUGAGGGUAUACCUGGAAAAGGCCAAAACUUUUCUGAAGAACAUGAAAUCCAGGUAUGAGUACUUCCAUGUCUUUCUGACCAAGGAAGUGAUGGAGUACCCAGAGAUCAUACUGAGAGAACUCAACUCCUACAGCUCCAACCUCAGCCAACAUUUCUUCACUCGUGAAAUCUUUGAACAGAACUUGCUUGGUGAAGUCAUUUUCAAAGUGAGGGAGCAAGAGGUAUAUGAAAAGCACUACCUGCAGAGGAUGAGGAAAUUGAAAAGAAGACAAACGACUACAAGUGAAGUAAGCAGAAGUGAGGAAAACACAAGUAGAGAGACGGAUUAUACAAGACCAGCAGAAGAAAAAGAUCAAGAAAUGAUGUCCCCUGGAAUUGAGGAGGGACUGAGCCAGGAGACCAGAUCUGCACAGAGUGAUCAAGUGGAUGAGUCCAGAGAGGUCUCUGUGCAAGGAUCAGAAGAAAUGCAGAGUGGAAGAGAGAGCUCCUCAAAAGCAUCCCUGAGCCUGGAAAAUGUGAGUGUUCAGGAAGAGAAGGAAGAGCAGGUGGAGGAAGAAGAGGAAGAGGAGGAAGAGAAGGAAGAGGAAAAGGCAAAUGAGGAGGAAGAAGCAGAGGAAGAGCAAGAGAACUCUGUGGGUGAGGCUGAAGCUCAAGAAAGUAUGGAGGAAAUGUUCUAUGAUGACAUGGAGUCCUUCACAACCUCCAGUGGAAAUACUUACUUUGUCCUCUUAUCUCUGGAAAAAGAAGAGAGCUGCAGGAGGCCCCAUUCCGACUAUUCAGCUGCACUCAUCAACACUUCCUGCACUAAGUUCAUAGAACAAGUAAUAAUUCCAUCCGAACUAGUUCUAGAAAUUAAGAAACAACUUCGCAUGGGCUUUUUUGAACACCUCGAGAAGUGGUUUGCUCAGUGUACCCUCAAUACCCAAGUGAUUGUGGCCACCAAGAUCAAUGAAUUGGAUUCGGAAUUGGAGCUGCAGCUACACCUGCACGAGCCAAGACUCCAGCACGUAGAGAAGGACGUCCACAAUGUCAGGGCAGCUGAGCUCUUGCUUCACAAAGAACGCUUAGACAGCCAUUGUGUUGGGGUGGUGGAGACCCUGAAGAAGGAGAGGCUGAUGUUCUGCCAGUUCCAAGAGGAGCAAAACACAAAGAGCAAAAUCUUUCACCACAAGAUCUAUGACAUGGAGCACAUCUUCCUGAAUGCCACCAAGAGCCAAAAGCUGGUCAUUCUCAGCAGCACACUGCACCGGGAGCUGCUCACCUAUAUGGACGUCACCCAGGUGUCCCUGCGCAGCUUUCGACAGUACUUGGAGGAGAGCCUGGGCAAACUCCGCUACACCAACAUCGAAUUUGUCAAGCACUGCAGGUUGUUUUCAGAGGGAGGCAACUUUUCCCCUGAAGAAAUCAACUCACUGUGUGUUCGACUGGAGAAGGAAGCUUCCCGGAUAGAGUUGGUUGAAAGUCUAAUUAUGAUGAGCAUGGAGAAGAUGGAGAGCGAAUAUCUGGACCAGGCCAAUGAUGUCAUCAGCAAAUUUGAGAGUAAAUUCCAUAACCUGAAUGUAGACCUUAUUUUCACAGAGAAAAUUCAGCGGUUGAUGACAAAUUUACAAGUGAACAUCAAAUGUCAGGUGGCAAAGUCCAAUUUGCAGGCAGAGGGAUUAAAUUCUUCUUUGGAAGAGCUCCAACACAAGAUUGAAGCUUGUAGAGAUCCCCAAGGAGAUAAGACAGUGGUGACCACAGAAGACCUGCUGGGCUGUGUCAGAACUUGGAAACAGGAACUGAACCAAAGGAUUAAGUACCUCAACUGCAGCCUGGACACAGAGCCUGUGACUCACGAAAUCUUUAGGGACGCUACCCUGAGUAACCUGGAGAUACAGAGUGACAAUCAGAUGUCUUCAGCGACCCUUGAGGAGGAGACCAAGACAGACCUCAUCAACCCUGAGUCCUUUGCCCAGCCAAGCCGCAUGGGGAAGCUGAUGAUUGACGAUCCUGCCGUGGAGGUGGUCAAGAUGAUCCUGCAAUUUCCCAACACAAGAUCGCCUCACCAGUGUGACAAAGACCGGACAGCCUUAAAGCGACAACGCUGCCGGGCAGAAAGCACUGUAAAGAAGAUCCUGCCUAGCCCCAGUUCAACCUCAGCAGCAAGUGUCACACGGCAUCCCAAACUCACCAAAAUGGAAAGAAGGUACCAGCUUCUUGGGGAAAAGCCUCCUCCUCCGGCUGAGGACUUUAAAGGGAUCAUCCUGGGUUUCCUAUGGGAAAGCAAUGUGCACCUGCUCUCUGUUGCAGAGGAUUUUUACCGCAAAGAGAAACACCCAGUCACCAGGCCUGACUGCAUGUAUGAGACUUUGGACCAGUGUGCGGAUCACAUCAUUAAGAAGAUCCUGGAGUACCAGAGCCAGACAGAUGAGUACCACAACUCCUGCCUCAUGGAAUUACGAGUCCAGAUAAAGAAAUUUGAGGAGCUGUUGCCCCAGGUGUGUUGGCUGGUGACAGAGAAUUUCAAGAAGCAGCAUUGGCAAAAGUUUUGCACCAUCAUGAAAGAUAUCCGGAAAGAGUUUGAGAAGCAGCAAAAGCAGCUGGAGAGAAGGAAGGAUCAAAAUGCCCAGAAGCUCCAUCCAAAUCUUGGACAUCCCCAAAAUCUCCAGCAAAUGAAGUCUCUCGAUGCUUCAGAAAAGACAAGACAAGAAGACCUGAACAAUGCAAUCAAGAUGACCAGGGAAAGGCUAGAGGACUCUGCCAGGAAGUACAGCCACUUUUUCAUCACCAGCUUAGCCACCUUCACCGAGAAGCUCCUGCUACAGCUGGAUGAAGUGGUGACCGUGGAUGACAUCCAGGUUGCAAGGAUGGAACCCUCCAAACAGAAAAUGUCAAUCCUUGUACGGAAGAGACUGGCCAAGAUCUCCCUGGAGGAAGAAAGUGAGAAGCCUCUGACUGACCGUGGGAGCAGGAAGUGGCCAGGAAUCAAGCCCACUGAAGUCACCAUCCAAAACAAGAUUCUUGCUCAGAAGACACACUCAAUAAUCACCUCCAAGACCACCCUGGGCCACCUGGCUGCAGUAGAGGCCCGAGAUGCAGUGUACAUGAAGUACUUAGCACUGUUUGAGGAGGAGCUAAAGAAGAUCCACAGUGACAACGCAAUCCAGGUGAAGCAGGCUCAGCGCUGGAAAGACUUCUGGGUACGCUCCUUGGACACCAUCCAGGGCCUGUACCUGUGACCCUACCCUGCCUCAAGUAAAGUUAUGUUUGUGCAUA